GGCCGGUGACAAGCAGGUUGGCUGCAGCAGUGCCACCGACACAGCAACGAGUCGGGUGGUUGACGUCCGAGGGGAAACGGUCUCCUCCUCCUCCUCCUCCUCCUUCCACUGAGCUGCAUCACCGCCACUGAACGACCCUCCGUCCUCCGUUUUAACCGAAAACACGCGCUGAGCCGGGAGCUGGAUUAGCCCCGCUAGCUCGCUCGGCUAACUUCGCUAGCUCGGAAAGCUGCUUUUAAAGUCGCUCUUCCACUUUCUGUGUGGUUUUCGGAACAACCACACUCGGAGAAUAAAGUUCGCAGAAUGCUCCGUGAAGUGAGGUAACCUCCCGCUGGCCGUGUUCCGGGGACUCGGUGGAGGUUGAUGACUGUACCGUACCGUCACGGCGGGUGUUGCCCGGCUGUCGUCCCGCAGACAUCCACACCUCGCCGCGACUCCCGGCGUCCCGCCUCACCUGGGACCGAGAAGACACCCCGCCUCAAACCCGGAGAUUAUUAACGGAUCUGCGCGACAUCAGGCGCGAUGGGAUCCCUGAAGGCUCUCCAGGAGUGGUGUCGGAUACAGUGUGAACAUUACCACGAUGUGGACAUCAGGGACAUGUCGGCGUCCUUUCGGGACGGGAUGGCUUUUUGUGCCAUUAUUCACCGAUUCAGACCAGAUCUCAUAGACUUUGGCUCACUUUCAAAGGAAAAUGUCUACGAGAACAACCGACUGGCGUUCGAAGUGGCCGAGACACAGCUGGGGAUUCCCGCCCUGCUGGACCCGGAGGACAUGGUGUCCAUGAAAGUGCCUGACCGGCUGAGCAUCAUCACAUACGUGUCGCAGUACUACAACUUCUUCAAUAACAAGUCUCAAGCAAACCCUCCCUGCAUGAAGAGACUGAGCUCUGUUGGUCUGCAUGAACCAGCCCUGAAAAGACCUUCGACCCCUUCGGAAGACAAAGAGCCUGAGCCCGUGCAGACAGACGCGGAGGCGUCGGCGGAGGCGUGGAAGCGCAGCACGCUGAGCAGCACCUGCGCCGCCUGCCAGAAACACGUCCACCUGGUGCAGAGGUUCCUGGUGGACGGGAAGCUCUACCAUCGCAACUGCUUCAGGUGCAGAGAGUGCCGCAGCACGCUGCUUCCUGGAUCCUACAAGCUAGGAAGCGACUCCGGAGGACUCGUCUGCACCCAUCACCUGACGAGGCCCGCUUUAGCCAAUCAGAACGGCCGGCCCGACCUCAGCAGGAGACCAGUUCAGUCCGUCAGGAUCGGUCGAUCCGGCGCCGCCACGCCAGAUAACCUGGAGGAAAAGACUCCUUCGCCAGCGAGUCGAACAGACGACGGCGACAUGCCGACGGGCGACGACGCGGCGGCUCCCCCCGUCAAAACAGACACAGCAGCCAAAGAUGCAGACGCAGAAGAGACGCCGCGUCCUUCUUCUCCUCCCAACCCUUUCGAUGAGAGCGACGAAGAGGAGGAAGACGAGGACGGAGAGAAGGAUGCGGACACAGAGACAUCAGCCAAAGCUUCGGCUAACGGGGAGCUGCCGCACGCUGCUGCCGGCCAGCUGGAACCCGCCGGUCGUCCGGUCCCCGCCCCCCGCCGAGUUUCAGAGCCCACCCCUCCUCCUCGCCCCGCCCCGCGGGUCCGACUCCCCCGCACGGCGGACGGCCUCCUCGCCGGCGAACAUCUGAAGCCUCCGACUCCACCGAAGCCUCGAGAAAGAUCCCAGUCUCCCGCAAGUGGCACGCAUAAACCCAAAGACCCACCCUGGCUCGCCCUGGUCAAAUCAGAGCCCAAGAAGAAGAAAGCCCCUCCCCCUCCCCCCGCAGGACUGACCACUCCUCCACAUACAGGCUCUCUGUCCUCUCUCCAAGGGGAGGGCUCCAGACCCAGCACGCCCCCUCAGCCCGGCAACCCCUUCGAAGACGACGAGGACGACGACAACGGCGGCGAGCUGACCGCCGAGGAGGGCAGCGAAGGAGCGGCGGUCCCCCACCCCUGGUACAACAUCACCCGGGUGGCCGAUUCGGCCCCUGCAGACGCUCCGGCCGCGGCGGGAAGCUCGUCCCGCUCGGUCAGCCCCGCGGGCGCCAGGAACAAGAAACGACCGGCGCCUCGAGCUCCACAGCCAGCCAACGCUCCCUCUCACUCUCAGCCCUCGUCUUGCUCUCCCUCUCCAGCUCUCAGUACAGAGAGCUUGUCCUCGGGCUCGGACCUCAGCUCCUCCCAGCUCCCGCUGGCCGGCGCAUCCAGCAGCGACCAGGAGCUCGGCUUCUCCAAAAGCGUCUCGGAGCCGUCGAUCUGCUCGCCCUGCGAUUCCGCCGCCUCCCCGUCCUCCACCGAGCGGCUGCCUCACGCGUCGCCGGGCCCCGCCUCGUCCUCCGUGCCGCCGAACGCCAGCUCGGCCCCGGCCACGCCGCAGACCAGCCGCAGCUCGGGAUCCCCCCCGCCGCGGCCCGCCGCCGCCCCCAGCCCCCUGGCGGCGGGAGCCGCACAGUCGCACAACAAGCGGAUCUGCAAGGAGAACCCCUUCAACAGGAAGGCGUCGCCCUCCCCGAGUAAAUCGAAAGGCAAACCGCCCAAAGGUCCCCGCCCCGCUCGGCCCCCGGCCCCCGGCCACGGUUUCCCACUCAUCAAACGCAAGGUGCAGUCGGAUCACUACAUCCCAGUGGAGGACAUCCACGAUGAAAUGAGUCAGCUGGAGAAGCAGCUGGACGAGCUGGAGCAGAGCGGAGUGGAGCUGGAGAAGAAGCUGCGAGACAACCCAAACGAUGAGGAUGAGGAGCAUCUGCUGGUGGACUGGUUCACUCUGAUUCAUGACAAACACCUUCUGGUCCGGCGGGAAGCUGAGCUGGUCUACACGGCGAAGCAGCAGAACCUGGAGGAGCGGCAGGCCGACGUGGAGUAUGAGCUGAGGUGUCUGCUGAACAAACCAGAGAAAGACUGGACCGAGGAGGAUAAGAGUCGAGAGCAGGAGCUGAUGGCGGAGCUGGUCACCAUCAUCGAGCAGCGCAACCAGAUCGUCAACAACAUGGACCAGGACCGGCAGAGGGAGGAAGAGGAGGACAAAAUGAUGGAAGCCAUGCUGAAGAAAAAAGACUUUCAGAAGGAGCCUGAGAGUGACCAGCACAAGAAGAAGGGGGCGAAGUUCAAACCCAUCAAGGUUCUCAAACGGUUGAGCCACAAAGGAGAAGCAGGGAAGAGCCCCAGCCCGCGCAAAGAGAAGAGCUGAGCAGCAGGAAACAGGAACACACUCUCUCAAAGGGACAGAGUGGCUUUUUGUUUUUGUUUGUUUACUUCAAAAGAAGAGAGUCAAGGAGUCAAGAAGACGACGUCCUCAGUGACGUUCCUCACCUCCACCCUCUGCUCACAUCUUCUCCAGAAAGACUGUUUUAAAAAGACAGUCGUCCAACUCAAGUGCUUUAAGAGCUCUGAGCUCUCGUCAUUCAAGCAGUGAGGCUUCUGCACUGAUUUAGCUUCACUGCUCUUUCAUCGACUCGCCUGCCUUCACUUUAUCCCGGUUCCUUCUCUGAAAACGGUCCAGUCGAAUCCUGCGGUACUAGUUAUAUAUUUUUAACAUGACAUGUGCUUAAAGCUUCCUCUCUGGAGACGCUCGGUCCGCAGCCAGCGCCGCCUGCUGGACUGUUUGAGCUCUCCUCCUUCAGCUUGGUUAGAAAUGGUGUCAGCCGUGGAUUAAAUGCCGGUUAUUAAAGAGCCGAUGUGACCCGGUGAGUCCUGACAGAACCAACAAACUCUGUUUUAAUAUGAAAAACUUUCACAGCAAUAAUGAAUUUUAGGAAAAAGGAACGAGCAGUAUUUUAUCAGCUUCAGCAUCGCCCAGUUUUUAACAGGUUUCAUCAUGUCUAGGCUGAAUAUGCAAUUGAUAAUUUAUAUUAUAUGAAGCCUUCCUGUACUUCUGUGUUUCGCCUUAAACUGGAUAGGAAAGAAAACAUGUUGGGAGUGUUUAUUUAAAGCUUUUUCCUGUGGCUGAAUGUUGUCUGUGGUGUGUAACUCGUUCUGUUACAGUGUUUUCCUGACAUUCUUGUCUGUCUGUCUGCUCGGUCCGGCUCAGUCGAAGGGCUUCUGUAGCUCCGCCUAUAAACGCUCCUCUAACUCAAUACUGACACUGGAAAGCAGAGGAAUAAAAUACUUUCAU